AUGGGCCGCCAUCGCAAUGCCGAAAAAAACCUGCAGGACCAGACCAACAUCCUCCCCAUCGGGCAGCUGCUGGUCGUCUUCGCCGGCCUGGCCUCGUCGCUGCUGAUCUGCUUCGUCGACCAGAAUGGCAUCGGCGUCGCCCUGCCCACCAUCGGCCGCGACCUGCACGCCCAGGACACCAUCUCCUGGGCCGGCACCUCCUCGCUGAUCGCCAACACCAUGUUCACCGUCCUGUACGGCCGCCUGUCCGACAUCUUCGGCCGCAAGAGCGUCUACCUCUGCGCGCUGGGCCUGCUCUGCAUCGCUGACCUGCUCUGCGGCCUGUCCCAGAAUGCGCCCAUGCUGUACGUCUUCCGCGGCCUGGCGGGCAUCGCCGGCGGCGGCAUCACGUCGCUGACCAUGAUCAUUGUCUCGGACGUUGUCACGCUCGAGGACCGAGGCAAGUACCAGGGCAUCCUGGGCGCCUGCGUCGGCACGGGCAACGUCAUCGGCCCCUUCAUCGCCGCCGCCUUUGUGCAGCACUCGACCUGGCGCGGCAUCUUCUGGCUGAUCAGUCCACUCGCGGCCAUCAGCGCCGUCAUCGCCUGGUUCCUGCUGCCCAGCAGGAUGCGCCGUGAUGCCAUUAAGAAGAACCUCAACAAGAUCGACUACUUUGGUGUCCUCACCGCGUCGGUGGCCAUCAUCUUUCUGCUGAUCCCCAUCUCGGGCGGCGGGCUGUACUUCAACUGGGACUCGCCCAUGGUGAUCAGCAUGCUGGUGAUCGGGGGGUGCUCGCUGUUUCUGUUCUUGUUCGUGGAGUGGAAGGUGGCCGCUCUGCCGAUGCUGCCAAUGUCCUUCUUCCGAGACCCCGUUAUCUCGACCCUGUUCAUGCAGAGUUUUUUCCUCGGUGCCGGUUACCAGUCGUACAUCUACUACCUGCCGCUGUACUUCCAGAACGCGCGCGGCUUUACGGCCAUCGAGUCGGCGACGAUGACUCUGCCGAUGGUGCUGUUCCAGUCCAUCGCUUCGAUUCUGUCGGGGCAGUACAUUGCGCGAGUCAAGCGGUACGGCGAGGUGAUCUGGGCUGGAUUUUUCCUGUGGACGCUGGGCGCCGGCCUUGCCCUGAUGUUCAACGGCACGACCAGCAAAGGUGUUAUUGUCGGCGUCAUGAUCAUCGUCGGCGUCGGUAUCGGCUUCACCUUCCAGCCGACGCUGGUCGCGCUGCAGGCGCACUGCACGCUGGCCAAGCGGGCCGUCGUCAUCUCCGACCGAAACUUCUUCCGCUGCGGCGGCGGUGCCUGUGGGCUGGCCGUGUCGGCGGCGAUCCUGCAGGCCGUGCUGAAGGCCAACCUGCCAGCGAACUACGAGUAUCUGGCGCACUCGACGUACGCCAUCCCGGCGCGGUCCAGCGUUUCGGCGGCCGACUGGGACGGCAUCAUGAACGCGUACCUGAGGGCGUCGCACGCGGUUUUCAUCCUGCAGGUGCCACUAAUCGGGCUGUGUUUGCUGGGGUGUCUGUUUGUGCGAGAUCGUGGACUGGAGCGGCCCAAGGAGAAGGAUGAAGAAGGGCAGCCAGACCAGCAGCAGCAACAGCAGCAGCGGAAGCCAGACAAUCAAACCGAGUCCCAAGAGGCAGAAGCUGAUUCUGCCACUGACAAAGAGCCGAACCUGGAGAAGAUCGACGCCGGUCAAGCGUCUCCAGGAACUGAGACUGACACAGCAAUGGAAGCAGAAGCUAACGAAGAGACGACUGAAAAAUGA